AUUCGCAGAAGAUUUUUCCGACCAAUCUCCUCAAUAAUUUCAGUGGAAUUUGCACACAGUUUGUGCCGAAGCUUCUCGAUUGUAUUUUUGAACGAAGAUUACAGUAUCGCCAUGGCAAUCGAAGGUAAGCUCGUGAUACUAAUUGUGCAUAAUGAUUUCUUCCGCUGCGGAAUCUGAUUCCGGCAAAAAUUACAAGUUUCCAUGCAAUUUUUCAAUUUUCCACACUUAAUUGUGUGUUUGUGUGUGUGUUUUGUAGAAGCUGUUUCAGAAAAUUGCAAAAUUGAAGAGACGCGGAUUUCAAAAAGCUGCGCAAUUGAGGAGAAACGAAAUCAUGAAACAGAGUCCUUCGGAAAGGAAGAGGGCGGAGCAAAAAAGCCCUCGGAAAAUGACGAAAUUGAGGAGCAAUCUUCUCCGAGGGGUGUUUUAGAGGUGCCGAUUUCGGGCUCCGGUUCCGAUUCCGACAACAGUAGCAGCGUCGAUAGGAGCGGCAGUUUCGGGAGCGAGAAAUCCCCGACGGUGGGGGGAGAAAUCGCGGCUGUAUCGGCGGCGGUGGAAUUGAGUUACGGCAAUUUGAACUGGAAAAAAAUGUUCGGUCAGGUGAAGAGGACUUCCACGGUUUGGAAAGUGUCCACUGUUUCGAUGAUCAUGGGAUACGGAAACGAUCUGUCGAAGAAAACGACAACAGCAACCUCAAAGAAGAAGAAGAAGAAGUCGGAGAAGAACCGUGUCUCCGAGGAGGAAGACGCAAUUGAUGUCGAUGAUUUUGCUAUGCCUAAACCAUCUUGGAGGAAUUUUACUUAUGAAGAGCUUAAACUAGCCACCGAUGAUUUUAGCCCGGAUGUGUUGAUUGGGAAAGGGGGCCACGCGGAAGUGUACAAAGGGUGCUUAUCAGAUGGACAAAUUGUGGCUGUAAAGAAAAUAAUAAAAGUAAAUAAGAAUGACGAGGAUAAAGUUGGUGACUUCUUGUCUGAACUAGGCAUCCUUGCUCACAUUGACCACCCUAAUGCUGCUAAAUUAAUCGGCUUCAGUUCUGAUGGUGGUUUGUACCUUGUCCUCCAAUUUUCUCCGUAUGGAAGCCUCGCCACCGUACUACACGGUUCUGUAGAAAGCUCUUUGGAUUGGAAAAUACGAUACAAGGUGGCAAUCGGAAUAGCAGAGGGAUUGCAAUAUCUGCAUUGCAACUGCCAAAAGCGAAUAAUUCACAGAGAUAUAACUGCCUCAAACAUAUUACUGUCCGAAGAUUAUGAAGCUCAGGUAUCGGAUUUUGGACUAGCGAAAUGGCUUCCAGAUAAAUGGGUUCAGCUCGUUGUUUCUCCAAUUGAAGGCACAUUUGGGUACAUGGCUCCAGAAUAUUUCAUGCAUGGAAUUGUUCACGAGAAAACUGAUGUAUUUGCGUUUGGUGUUCUACUGCUCGAGCUCAUAACCGGGCGUCGAGCAGUUGAUUCUUCUAGGCAAAGCCUUGUGAUGUGGGCAAAACCACUUCUUGAAAAGAACAGUGUGAAAGAAAUAGCAGACCCUCGAUUAGGAGAAUCUUUCGACUUAGUAGAAAUGAAACGGGCCAUGUUUGCUGCUUCAACAUGCAUUCAUCACUUGCCUACCAUGCGGCCUAACAUGAAACGGGUGGUUCAGCUGCUAAAAGGCGAAAACGAAGGAGCGGAAAUGAAGCAAAAGUCGAUGGGAGGAAGAGCGUUACUUUUGGAUGCUUGCGACUUGGAUGACUACACUUCCACUACAUACCUUAAAGAUUUAAAUCGACACAUGGAAUUAGUUAUGGAAUAAGACGUUAAUUUAUUAGCUCAAAUCCGGAUUAGUUAAUCUCUGCAAAUCGGCUGCCAUGGAUAUAUGCAAAUAUGUGUCUGUAAGAAAAAUUGGAAGCAUUGUGGUCAUGCAAUGUGUGCUGUUCUGGAGAAGGAUUGAUCCUACUUAAUUUAUUUUCCUUUUGUUUAAUGAAAAAUAGUUUUUAAAAUUGGAAAAAAAAAAUAGAUUGUGAUGUAUAUAUGAAGUUGUAGUAACUGAUUUAUUGCUUUUUAGCUGUUUUUAUAAUUAGGGGACAAAAUUGUCGUAUGGAUGACAAUUUUAUUUGAUGAAUGAAAUCUUUCAAUUAGAUUUUACAUCAUUUA